UGUCUGAGCUCUCGCGGGAAAUACACUCAUGGUAGGAUUCGUUGGCGCGAAAAGUUACCUCAAUCAGUGAAUCUGAAUAUUAUCUUGUUUUUUUUUGUGCCAAAUUUCUCAACAGUCAAAUUAUCUUAAAUACAAUAGAGUGUUUUGUUCGGGAUAGAAUUUUGAGUGAUGAGUGAAGUCAUAAUUUAGUGAACUAUUGCCCUUUUUUUUCUAACAACUAAAAAUUAGUGUUUUUAUUAGAGGAAAAAAAAGGCACCACAAGAAUUUCCUCUGGGUUGGCAUUUGGCCAAGUGGGUGGCAAAAUUGCCACGGAAUUCUAUUCUCUCUUGAUUAUUUCGCAAAAGUAAAAAAAAAGAGAGAAUUUAAAUAUCAAACAGUUAAACAUGUGUGUUGUAUUAUUUGGGUUUAUCUCACAAAUCCUCCCAAUACUUUGUACAAUUCCAAUUGUUUAGGUUGUUCUCGCCUCCAAGGCGAGUUCUCAUCACUUUUAAAUUUUCAUGUAGGCUCAUUUGCAUGAAGGGGAGAUAUUAAUUGAAGAAGGACACGAUGGCAAAGUACUAUGGAUGUAUGUUAGUGCAGCGUUUGCUGUUUCCAACGCUUUUAGCAGCUUGUUGUUUAUUUAGGCCAGUAGCACUAUCGCUGCUCUAUCUUCUCUUCCUCUUUUUGCUUCCUUUUGUACCUGUCGCAACUCCAGCCACGAUAAAAGGUCGCACUGGCACCUACUUUAAAAUACUUAUUCUUGUGUCAACACUCACAAGUAUAUCACAUGGAGUGUUUGAGAGUGUUCUCUUAUCAAUUGGAUACGACAAAUUGGAGUUUUGUGGAUUGACUGAGAAGAUACUCAGGCACAUAGGAUUUAUUCGCUUAAGUGAUUUAUCAGCUCUCAAUGUGAUCGUAUGGAUUGCACCGGAAUUAGUGCUUCUUCUGGCGUCCAUUGGCGUCUACUUCAUCCUGAAGAUGAUGGCCAAUGGACAUUCGACGCCAGAGGAAGCUGCAGAUGACAGUGGUCAAAAUGAGGAGGUUACUGAUGAACCAUUUUACACUGUUGAAAAGUACAAUGUCAUUUGUACAGCGGCCAAGAUUCUGUCGAUGGCGGCACUCCUUCUGGCUUCUGUGAUGCGUCCAUCAGUGCCCAGUGGCGUCUACUUCCUCAUGUUUCUGGCUCUGGCAACUUGGUGGGCGUGCUACGGGAAGCUCGAAAGGGGUUUUGCCAUUGUGUCCCGUGUGAUGAUGCUCUUCCUUAGCAUUCAUAUUAUUGCAUUUAUGAUGUAUCAAACACCGUGGCCACAGGAAUUUUUUCCAAGUGAUAAUUUAUUGCCAAGACUCUUGGGAUUUGUGCCACUUUUUAAUUCAACAUGUGAUAGUUCAAAUAAUGAUACCUCAAAUGGAACAUACGUUAAUGAUAUCCGAAUUGUAAAAUUUAACACAGAUGCACCAAUUGAUGCAAUUCUCAAUCCAAUCAUUAUUCUUCUGUGCUUCUACACAUUGGCAAUCUCAUCGACAAUGAUACUGAGACAAAAGGCACGUGAAUAUCAAGAACUGAAUUUUGUUCCUACAGAACAAACACCUCUGAUGAGACGCAGUACAAGAAGAAUGAGAAUUAGAAGUUUAACAGGAAGGAAUUCACGUGAAGGUGAUGGAAUUCCAAUGAAUGAAAUUGGAAAUGAAAUUACUUCCACAGAAGAGGAAACCUCAGGAAUAUUGGAUAGUUUCUUCUCAUUUGUUCAAAAUAUCACUGGAUUUAUCUUCAAGCAUUGCUACAUUUUUAUGAAUAUUGCAAUGAUGACAUGGAGUAUAAUGUAUCACAGCUGGUUAACGUUUAUCUUGUUGAUUUGGGCCAAUGUCUUGUGGAUAAUUCCAAAUCAGAGGAAAACAAUGUUGCAAUCUAGUCCAUUUGUUGUCAUCUAUGCAGAAUUGCUCCUUCUGGCUCAGUACAUCUACGGAAUGGACCUCAACGAGGAUGAACUUCCAGCAACUACUGACAUCAAUGGGAUAAGUUUGUCCCAAAUCGGUUUGGUGAAGGAAACAUAUUUACCUUGUAUACCGCUGAUAAGGAAGACGAUUUUUACAUUGAUGUUUUGGGUGACUCUGAGACAAAGGACAAAGGAACGCCGGGAGCAACGUCAAACAUCAACGUUGGCAGACAUGGUGGCUCCUCUGCAAGUGACUGUUGGUGCAGCAACAGCCGACUUGGCUCCUCGAGCAGAUGACAAAGCCAAAGAAUCACAGUUUAUCACAAAAGCUGCAAUAUUCUUUGAUGCUUUUCUUACGAGAUUUUGGAUUUGGAUUGUAGUGAUAACAUUGUUUGCCUCCGGGAUUGCUGGUCAGAGAAUGACUGGCUUUAGGAUCAUCUACAUGGCACUCUUCCUUGUCUUCCUCCUCACAUUCCAAGUUUCGUGGAAGGCAUGGAAGAAAAUGAUGUAUGGCUUUUGGCUGACUGUAAUUAUUUAUGCCAUGGUGAUUUUGGUGUUAGUCUACACAUAUCAGUUCGACCGAUUCCCUCAAUAUUGGUCAGAGUACCUCAAUAUAUCUGAAACUCUACAAGGAGAUAUUGGUUUAGAAAAGUACGAAACGCGAGAUCUAUUUCUGCAUCUUGCAAUUCCAACAAUAGUUGUCGUGAUGACUGUUCUGCAGUUGCACUAUUUCCACAGUAAAUUUUUAGCAGUGAUUGAACCAGUUGAGGGUGUUAAUGCAGAAAGUGAAGCACCAAAUCCGAGGCAGUAUGAAAACCUCGAUGAAUCAGAUGAAUCUCCAAAGAAUGCCAAAGGCAAAAAAUCAUUUUUCAGCAAGUUAAUUUCAAUCAGCGGAAUAUCGAAGCAAGAGAUUUAUGACUUUUUCUCAAGAGUCAAGGAGAAAAUUAUUUACACGUACGAGACGACUCUGCUCUUUCUCGAUAUUCACUUGAUUAAACUUGUGAUUUUUAUUGGAUUUGUGGUUUGUGUUAAAGAACCAUGUUUUCUCCAUAUUUUCUUCACGGCUAUCAUUGUAAUUGCGGCCCUGUCGACAACAGACUCCCAAAUCCUCAUAAGUCGCAUCUUUUCUGUGAUUGUGGCUGUGUUGUUCCUCACUAAGAUGAUCUACCAAGUGAAAUACAUCGAACACACAAACUACGAUGUUGUUUGCAAUAAUGAAACAAAUCCAAAUGGCAUUAAUAAUGCCGAUUGGUUUGGAUUCCACAAGAUUUCAAAGAAUUCUACAUUGACAGAAUUGCUAAAGAACUACAUUGGUUAUAUUGCAAUUGUGACCAUUGACGCUAUUAUCAGAUACAAUCAGAAGAUCAAGAGAAUUAAGAAUGGACAGCCGCCAGAGAGGCCACAAGUGAUGUUUCCGGAAGUCACGCGAAAAGAUGCUGAGCAAAAUCUCACACUAAUGCUCAAAUAUCUUGCUAAUUACGCCUUUCAUCGAUUUGGCGUGGAAACUUGCUUGAUCAUCACGGUGAUUGUCAUUGGAUAUCGCAUGGACAUCAUUGCACUUUUCUACUCAAUUUGGUUGUGCUUUUUAUUUGCGGCCAAACGGGAGAAAAUGGCAAUGCUAUGGCCAGCUUUUCAAUGGUUCUCAGCUUUAUCCAUUGUUGUCCAGUACAUUGUCAUCGUGGGAGUUCCUCCGGGGCUAUGUCUAUCCUAUCCUUGGAGUGAGGGAAUUCUGAAGAAUCUUCAGAUGUGGGCAAUGCUACCAGAUGCAGCAUUGUUCCAGACCUCCAUGAAGAUCAUUCCAGAUUUUAUUCUGCUGAUGCUGGUGACGCGACAGCGAUUUGUGUUCAAAAUUGAGAGAGAAUGGCUUGGCAAUGAGCAAGAAUUUCCAGGAGGCACCAAUAAGUCCAUUUUAUCAGAAAUUGAGGGUUUUAUUGGGAAGAAAUUUGAGAAUCCAACUCCGGAUUUUACAUCAAAUGUCCGGAAUUGGUUGGAUGUUCUCAAACGUGGCUUUGUUCUUGGAUUCUUUUGGCUUGCUCUUGCCAUUGUGUUCUUGACUGGAGCCAAUCGUGUGAAUCUCUUCUCAGUUGGAUAUCUUGUGGGAUCUUUUACGUUCCUAUGGCAAGGAUCAGAUUUCUAUUUGCGUCCUGUACGAACAAUCUUACGAUGGUGGCUUCGUUUGAUUGCGUACAAUGUAUUUGUAGUGACUGCAAAGACAGUUCUUCAGAUUCCUGGAUGUCUCUUUUACAAAACUCUCGAGCAAUACACUUGUUGGCUCAUUCAGCUUCUCAGCAUUGUCUGUACGCAAAAGCUGAAGGGAGAUCCUUCUGCAACUUCUAUUAAAAUUAAGUGUACUGUUAAUACGGAUCAAGCGGAUAUUCUUUGGGAUGUUAUUUGCUUUGCCUUCCUCGUCAUUCAGUAUCGAAUCUUCCAAAGCUACUACUUCUGCCAUGUGGUCAAUGAGACUAAGGCAGGAGUAAUUUUGGCUUCGAGAGGUGCUGAAUUGAUUGAGGAACUGAGGCAGAAGAAGAUGAAACAGGAAAUGGAAGCUGAAGCGAGAAUCUUGAAAAAGUUGAAAUUCAAGAUGGAUCGCAUUAAGGCAACACAGAAGAAACUACUUGUUCCUGUUGUUGAAGAGCCCAAAACUCAUGCCCAAGCAAUUCGAUCGGGAGAUUAUUACAUGUUUGAAGAUCUCGAUGAUGAGUUAGAAUUGGAUUUAUUGGCUCAACCGAAGUCAGAUGAUGAUGUUGAAGAUCAACAGCAGGAAAAGCUUCAAAAGAAGAUGGGCUUAGGCGAGUUGAUAUCAACGAAAAUCAAUGAAGGCAAUGUGCAUAAAUCAUCAGAAUCCGAUCCAGGCUUUUCCUCAUCAUCCUUCCGCCGGAGAAGUGAUCGUGAGUCCAAAAAGGGGCGGAAAUCCUACCAGAAAUUCGAUACAGGUCGCUCGAUUAUGUCUGAACCGCUUCCGUCACAUAUUGGUGGUGGUGAAGACGAUGAUGACGAUGUAUCGUCCAAAUUGGCUUCAAAGCAUCGGGAAGAUGUUGAUGAAUUGGACAGAGAGAAGGCAGGACCUAGUCGCCAGACACACGUAUAUAAAUCUCCAUCAGACAGUGACGAUGAUGAUGAUCCGACAGAGAGGCAGCAUCUCAAGAGAUCUAGCUCAGAGGAUACCGUUACUGAGAUGGAUGAAGAUGAUGAACGACCUCGGGGUCGUUUGGUGGGCUUUAAGCUCAUUUGGGCCUUCAUUGAAGGUGCUAUGAUUUCCCUAAUCAUUCGAUUAAAUCGCAUCUCUAGGCACUAUCGCUAUGUGGUGAGAGUUCUGGCCAGGGAGAAGAUUGAACUGAAAAACUCACCAGAUUUUGGUAUUGGACGUCGAGCUGGGAAUAUGAUGUGGAUUCCUCAGAGGAUCAACAGUGAACAUGAUCAAUCAACGGAAAGUUCUACAACAGAAAUGGAAAGGCGUCCAAGGGGUACAGUUAGUGAGGCUGAUGUUAGAGUUGAUACGGAAAAUGAUCCCGAAACUGAAGAUAGAACAGAAGAUGAAGGAUUGGCAGCCAAUUAUGCAGCACUUCAGCAAGCUGUCUUUAAGCCGAAACCGCAAGAGGAGGAGGAAGAACAGCGCAGAGAGAGUGUGGUGCCAGAAAUUCGUAUCUUGGCGCCUUCAUUGGAACGUGGCUUAGAUGAAGUUACACCUGCCACUGCUAAAGUGGACAAACCAAAAGUUAAGGACAGGAAAUUCAAAGUAGACGAAAUUGAGGACUUUUCGGAGAAGGAACAUUCAUCAAUUGUUGAGCUUUUGAUGGCUUGUUGGUUUGCCAUUCUGUCCAAUACCGAUCUUGUGUGUUACUUUGUUGUCUUUAUCAAUCAGAUCAAUUCUGCAAGUAUCCUUUCACUGCCACUUCCAUUCAUGGUUUUCUGCUGGGGAACUUUAACUGUUCCACGUCCAUCUAAAACAUUCUGGGUGACAUUGAUUGCCUAUACUCAGAUUGUUGUUCUUUUGAAAUGUGUAUCCCAAUUUGAGUUGUUGUGGUGGAAUGAACAAGCAAUUCCGCCAAAUACUCCUCUUGCUCCGGCUCGAAUUAUUGGAAUUGAGAAGAAGAAGAACUAUGCAACUUAUGAUCUAGCACUCCUCCUUGUUCUGUUCUUCCAUCGUUUCAUGCUAAAGACAUUGGGACUGUGGAAGUCAGAUUUCAAGGAAGAACCACUAUCAGAGGGAACAUAUCAGGUGAACCAACAAUCUGGGAAUCAAGAUGACAAAGCCCUAGUAAAGAAGUCCAAUGAUUUGGACAAAAAGACUGAUGAAACUGGAUCAAAUCAAGCUAUUGCAAUUGCCAAAGUUCACACAGAGACCCUUCUCUGUCCGUCAACUGACAUGCAAUUAGUCCAGGUGACUGAUGUUAAGGAACAACCAACAUCGAUUAUUCCUCCUGUUGUAAAACUAUCUUUCAACCGUCAUUGUUCAGCAUUCCGGAUUUUCUUCGGACAACUCCUGGACAGAUCAUCAAGGGUGUCCGCAGAUGUUUAUGCAUACAUGUUCUUCUGUGACUUUAUCAACUUUAUGGUUGUGCUGUUUGGUUUUACAUCUUUUGGAUCUCAGCAAGGAGAUGGCGGUGUAACGGCAUAUCUUGAAGAAAACAAAGUGCCUUUAGCAUUUCUUAUAAUGCUAAUUCUACAAUUUGUACUCAUUAUCAUCGAUCGAGCUCUCUAUCUGAGGAAGUUUAUGCUGGGAAAAAUCAUUUUCCAAUAUGGUCUUACUGUUGGGAUCCACGUAUGGAUGUUCUUCAUUCUUCCAGCAGUUACUGAGAGGAGUUUCAACGCAAAGAAUCCUCCAGUUAUUUGGUACCUGAUAAAAUGUUUCUACCUCCUGUUCUCUGCCUAUCAAAUCCGUUGUGGUUAUCCUACAAGGAUUCUCGGUAAUUUCCUCACCAAGAGCUUUAAUUUUGUCAAUUUGGCCGCCUACAAGGCCUACAUAUUCAUCCCCUUCCUCUUUGAAUUACGAACUCUGAUGGAUUGGAUAUGGACGGAUACUUCCAUGACGUUGUUCGAUUGGUUGAAGAUGGAAGAUAUCUUUGCCAAUAUGUAUCAACUAAAGUGUUCCCGAAAGAUGGAAUCAGACUUUCCGGCUCCACGAGGAUCAAAGAAAACUACUUUGGUGAAGUAUCUGAUGGGCGGUGGAAUGUUGUUUGGUCUUAUAACAAUUAUCUGGUUCCCACUUGGUUUGUUCGCUCUGGGUAAUACCGUAGGGGAGUCAAAUCCACCUUUUGAUGUGUCUGUCAGCAUGAAGAUCGGACCAUUUGAACCAAUAUACUUUGCAAAUGCUCAGGGAAGCAAUAUACAGAAGUUUACGGAAGAUGAUUGGCUACUGCUCAAUCAACCUUACAAAAGGGAUAAGACAGCAGUGACUUUCUUAACGAACUACGAAGCAGCUGAUGUGGCUGUUGUCGAUCUAGGACCAAAUUCAACGUCAGUUUGGGCGAUUUCUCCGCCGGAUUUACAAAGGAUGAGGGAAGAUAUUGAAUCACAGGAUACACUGAAGAUCGUUUUUAGGUACACAGUGUCCAGAAUCACUUAUUCAAAGGAAAAUCCAGGUGUCAUUACAGACGAAACAAGCUAUGAUUUGACUUAUGGUGAUCCUAUUAGGCAGGUUCUUAGUGGUAUGCUGUCAAAUCAGACAGCUGGAAAUGUAUCAAUUCCUCAUCUUUUGCCUAAGUUCUUGAAAGUUAAAAACAAUGGCGUACUGAAGCCGAUUCCUCCGUUGAUUCCCAGUGAUUAUGAAGAAACUGCAGGUUUCCGAAAUAUAACGCUGAAACUCUUUGAGGCGGACAAUGUAAGAUGGUGGGAACUGAAAGAGGACUGUACUGAUAGCCUCUACACUGAUAUCCUUAAGGAUAUUCCAGGGGCAAAUUGUGACAAAGCAAUUGUCAUUUACACGUUCAAUGACAAACUGUUUCCACCGACGCUGAGUUAUCUGACAGGUGGCGGUAUUAUUGGGAUGUAUACGACAUUUGUCAUUGUCAUUUCGCGUGUUAUUCGUGGAAUUUUCUCUGGAUCUAGCUUCAAGAUCAUGUUCGAUGAUCUUCCGUAUGUGGACAGAGUUUUGCAACUCUGCCUUGACAUCUACCUCGUGCGAGAGUCCUUGGAAUUUGCAUUGGAGGAGGAUCUCUUUGCCAAGCUUAUUUUCCUCUAUCGAUCACCGGAAACUAUGAUAAAGUGGACUCGACCGAAGGAAGAAGAAACCCAUGGAGGUGACGAUGAUGAUACCAGUAGCAUGAGGAGCAGCAGUAAAGCUGUAAGGAGGAAAGCUGCAUAAUCUAGUCUAUUUUUUGCAUUUUUCUGCCCAGGGAAAAUGCUAUUUGUCGUGUCAAAUUGCAUUUCUAUCUUGUAAAUAUCUUUCGAUAUCAACACUUUAAUCGCACGUGUCGAUUGAAUACCUCGUAAUCUUUUUUUUUCUAGAAAUAUAUCAUGAAUAAAAUUCAACAUAGUUUUGGUAUGGAAUAUCAAUUUGACGAUUGUGAAUGUUUAUCUAUUCGCGAACAAAAAAUAUAUCGCACAGUUAAUUUUUAUUGAGCAGAAUUUUACACUGUAUUUAUUCAAUGGAAUACAAAGCUUUUGAAGAAAA